AUACUUUAAAUAGAUCCCGUGUGAUAUAUCCUGAUAACACCGUGUACUUUACAUUGAGCAAAAAAUGUCAACAAAACCAGUAGAAGUAACAGUGGAGGUAACAUCAGACGUGGUCUGCCCAUGGUGCUGGGUAGGUAAACGCCACCUGGACAUUGCUCUGGAGCAAGUGAAAGACGAGUUUAAUGUCCAUGUACGCUGGAGACCUUUCAACCUUAACCCAUGGCUACCAGAGGAAGGAAUGAACUUUAAGGAAUUUGCAAUCACUAAAUUUGGCGAGGAUGGACUGAAGAGAUUCACAUCAGGACAAGUUCCUUUCUUUGAGAAAGGGAAAGCCGUGGGUCUGAAAUUCAAUUAUACGAACAAUACUAGAGUAGUCCCUACAAAGAAGGCUCACAUAUUAUUAGAGUAUGCACACAGAGAAGGCAAACAGCACCAGCUCAAAGAGAAACUGUUUGGGGCAUAUUAUACUGAUGGAUAUGAUAUAAGUGAUCAUCUUGUAUUGGGAGACUUGCUUGAAAGUGUUGGACUAAACAAAGAUGAGGGACUCAGCAAGCUAAGCGACCCGGAGUAUAUCAAACAUUACGAAGAAGAAAUGAUUGAAAAUAAAAGAAAAGGUAUUAGUGGAGUACCAAAUUUUGAGCUGUACCUUUCAAACUCGCCCAGCGGAGUACGUCAGUCUUUCUCAGGAGCCCAACCAGUUGAAACCUUCAUUGCUGUAUUGAGACGACUCAAACUACUAGCUAAAGUCUAACGCUGUCUCCUCUCUCUUGUGUUUCUUUUUCUUUUUUAAUUUUUUCUUUUCUGUACUUGGUUCUGAAUGCGUGGGUGGAGGGAUUGUGGGCGGGGCUGAUAGCUCUGAGUGAAGUCCCCUGAGCCGCUCCAUAGUGUCCUGAGAUACGCCGUUGAUCACGUGAUUUUUAUUCAUAAACUCCCCCAGAGUCUUCCUAACCUCUUCAUAGGUCAUUGGAGUGCUGCUUAAAACCUCCAGCUGUAAAAACUGGUCUUUUUCUGCCAUUUUUAUCAA